AAACAGGAAGUCCUGAUUGUCCUGGACGACCCGCUGCCCUCAGAGCGUCUCCCUGAUGAAGGAGUCAGUCAAACCUCCGUUGUCCCGCUCAUCAACGCAUCACAGUGUCUCCUGGACUUGGACACACAACCAGAGCCUGUCCCCGAUCAGGACGGCCAAUCGAAACCUUCCCUGGAGGACGUCGGCCUGUCGGAGUCACAGUCCAUCCUCCCUGUGCAGCCUCCUGAGCAGAAAGAACAGCCGGACCCUCCUCCCGUCAGCGGCCCUCGCUGCGUUGCCCUGUUCGACUACGAGGGAGAGGAGGGCGACGAGCUCACCUUCUCCCAGGGUGAUGUCAUCACCCUGCUUGAGCUCAUAGGGCAGGAGUGGGGGCGUGGCCAGAUCCACGGGCGAAUAGGAAUAUUCCCCCUGAACUUCAGCGAGGUGGUGGAGCCGCUCCCACAAAAAACGCCAUCGCUGGAGGAGACGACUAAAGCGGCAGCGAUGGAUACGACAGUGACGGAAAAUAACGAACCAAAGACGUCACAGGACUCAACCUCUGAGGUGGAGGAGUGGGCUGUGGCUCUGUUUGACUUCCCCGGUCAGACUGAAGAGGAUCUGUCCUUCCACAAGGGGGCACUGAUCCAAGUGACUAAGCACAUAGACACUGAGUGGAGGAGAGGAAGACUGGAGGGGAGGGAGGGGCUUUACCCUGCUGCGUUCACACAGCUGCACCAGG